CACUCAUUUGACAUGUAUUUUUGUUUUACAGUUCUCGGAUGAGAUUACUCACGCAGUUACCUGUCAUGCACUCUCAGGGUGUGGCCAAUGUGAAAUCACUAUAUAUACCCAUCAAGCACAGAGCUGAGCAGCUGCAGCAGACAAAGUUAACACUCCUGGAUGCUGCUUGACAUGCAUGUAUUUUGCAGUGUACAUACUUGUAUUGACCCAAGAUCAACAUGAGUGAAGAGGAACCAAAGCCUCAGGAGGUCUCAGAAGAAGAGGGAUCUGGCUGUGAAUCAGGGGAGUUGGACGGAGAAGGUGAAGGGAAAAAGAAGGGUAAGAAGGGAGGGAAAGGUAAAGGAGGGGAGCACGGCCACGGAGGAGAGCAUGGAGGAAGAGGAGAGCAUGGAGGAAGAGGAGACCGUGGAGGAAGAGGAGGUGGAAGAGGAGGUGGAAGGGGAGGCGGAGGUGGCGGAAGAGGAGGGCAUCACUGAAGUGCUUAUUGUCACGUGCACUCCCACUGCUUCUGAAUAAAUGUUUCAUAAUAUAGUGA